GAGACAGGACACACUUUGACUCAUCAGGCUGGAGUUCUUAUCUUCAGCUAAUUAAAUUAUUUCUGGUAAAGCACUCAUGGGGUUAAUCUGCUGCAAUGUAAAUCUCCAACUAAUUAAAUGAUGGAGAGAGAGUCAGAGAACUGACUGUAGGAAAGUAUCAAAGUGGAGGCUGCUGUUGACCGUCUCCGAGAAACGCCUGCGACAUCUCUGCCGGCUGAUCCAGGGAACUGAAGGAGGCCUGUCGCCAAGGGGACCGUCGCCAUGGCCGACUGGAACCUGCUAGGGAAGCUGCUGGAGGCCGCUCAGACGCACUCCACCGUGGUGGGCAAGGUGUGGCUCACCGUGCUCUUCAUCUUCCGCAUCCUGGUUUUGGGCGCGGCCGCCGAGAAGGUUUGGGGCGACGAGUCGUCGGGCUUCACCUGCGACACCAAGCAGCCUGGCUGUCAGAACGUCUGCUACGACCGCACCUUCCCCAUCUCCCACAUCCGCUUCUGGGUGCUGCAGAUCAUCUUUGUGUCCACGCCCACGCUCAUCUACCUGGGCCACAUCCUGCACCUGGUGCGCAUGGAGGAGAAGCAGCAGCAGAAGGAGAAGGACAGCGAGGAGGAGCAGGCGCUGCUGGCGGCCGAAGGAGGAGGAGGAGGAGGAGGAGGAGGCAAGACCAAGAAGGCGCCGGUGAAAGACGGCCAGGGCCGGGUGCGUCUACAGGGGGAGCUGCUGCGGACGUACGUCUUCAACAUCAUCUUCAAGACGCUGUUCGAGGUGGGCUUCCUCGUGGGGCAGUACAUGCUGUACGGCUUCCAGCUGAAGGACAUGUACACCUGCGACCACUGGCCCUGCCCCAACACGGUGAACUGCUACAUCUCGCGGGCCACCGAGAAGACCAUCUUCAUCCUGUUCAUGCUGGUGGUGGCCUGCGUGUCGCUGCUGCUCAACCUGGUGGAGAUCUGCCACCUGGGCUUCACCAAGUUCCAAAAGGGCCUGUGCUUCCGCCGCCCACGCCGGAAGAACGCGGAGCCCAGCGGGACGCCCUACGACACGGUGGAUGCGCCGUUGGGCACUGAGAACAAGAGCGACAGCGACAGCGGCAACGGCGGAUCCUUCGAGAGACCGGAGGACAAGCGAGGGAACAGCAACAAAAAGACGCGGGACGGCGACCUGAAGGUCUAG